GUAGCCGGCUGAUUUUCGCCGGCAUCUUGGCUCUGAGGAAGUCACCCGGAAAUCACUCGUUUACGAGUGAAAUACCGCGAAUCGGUGCGCGGUACGAAGUGUUCACACCUUUUUUUCGACUGUAGUGAUUCCGCGCUCUUUUGGAUACAUUGCAAGGCGGAUGCUUCGUGGAACGGACGGUUUUUUCUUACGGAAAAUGCAAGACGGAGAGCCGGAAAAAGCAGCGAAACAAAUCGUCGGGAAUCUCAGUCCGACUCCCCAACCGUUUCGCUUCAGCCACCUGAACAAGCUGCUUCGGUCCUGCAUCGCUGACCGCUGUGUGUCGCCGGAGGACCAACCAGGUAGGGCAGGAGGAAGGUUCCUCCGCCGCCCUCGUAGACAGCCUUGGGAAAGCGCCACACGUUUCCCACUCCCAUGGUGACGCCGAGGCAGCACAGCACCAGCUCGGCCUUCCGGUCCCAGCGACUCCGGUCCUCGUCCAUGCUGCGAGCCGCCGCAACCAAGCCCCGGAGACUGGGGCUCUCUCGAGGAACGACCCGCACCUCUUGGAACGUUCCCGUGGAUCGCCUUACUCGUGCCCGUUCGUCGCUGUGUCGUCUUCGUAGUCUUUGUGUCCUCUCCGGCAACGAUGCGCGAGCGAAUGGAGGCGUCUUCUUUUUCGAGAUCGUGCUUCUUCUGGCCGUGUCCCGGUUUGACCUGCAGCGACUCGAAAGUAUU